AUGCUGUUUCGCUCAGCCUUUGUUCUGCUCAUCGUGGCCUUUGCAAGUGCAUGCCUGGUGCAACAUGUUCAAGCUAAGCAGAUUCCGGUGCGUCGAUCGCUCUCUACCGAUGCCUCAAUGAGCUCGGCUGCUGGCAAGCUCAACCGGAGAUGGUGGUUCGGCUUCACAGGUUCGCUCGGCAAGGAACCUGACAACGGCCAAGUACAGAUCAAGAUCAUCCCAGACGCGCUCAUCAUCAAGAAUCCGCCUGCCAACAAAGACGAUCUGAACAAGCUAAUCGAAAACCUAAAACGCAAGCACCCAAGAUUCAAGACGGUGGUCAUGCCGACAGAUCCUAACGGAGAUGUGGUCAUCUGGGAAUAA